AUGCGAGCGAGCCGGAUAGUAGUAUUGCUCAUCGUGGUGUUUAUAGUCGAAGCUGAUCUCAACAUAUUGACUCGAAAAGACCAAGCGGAGAAGAUUCGACAAAAAGACCUUCGCGAACUUGAAAAGAAGGAACGAGCGGAGCAAAUCGUUUUAAAGAAGAAGAAGAACAGUCACCGAAUAGUCGAAGACGCAUUGCGAUUACUCACCAAGCACGAGAGGAGGUCCAUUCAAGCACUUGUCGAUCACAACAUCGACUCAUUACCCCGUCACAAGGUGUCGUAUCAAAAAGUCUUCAAGAGGUGUUCCUUUGAAACACUGGAGAAGCCCGUCAUUCAAAGUCAACUCAACGCAACUAAUGUCACAACUCCACAUGUUUCAAAGGAAAAACCAAUGAAGACGUGUGACAUCAAAAAGACGAGGAAAGUCACGUUGAAUCGGUGCAAGUUCGUCCCGAAGAAGUACGUCUACCAACAACCAAAGCAAAAGUUCAACGUGUUACGUGACAAUGGAGUGGAAAGAAUUUUAUGUCCCGCCCACACUAAAAAAUGUGUUCCACGAGAGAUCCUCAUCGAUGUCAAUAAGGAAACACACAACGCAAAGAAAGCACUCAGACUCAUCGAAAAGGCAAAGAAAAUCAUCAAGGAAAACGACGACUUAUAA